AUGGAGGUAGUUGAACACACGCAUCUACUAAAGCUCGUUGAUUUGCACCUAGAAUUCCCACCCUUUGAAGAAGAAGAAGAAGAAGAAGAAGAAGAAGAAGAAGAAGAAAAUGGUGAUUAUGAGGAUUGUGAUCCAAUUACGAAAGAGUGCUUUCAAUGUACAUGUAGCGGAUGUGACCAACAAAUCUCUAUUUACCAUAAGUACUACUACAAAUGUAUGGGUGGUUCAUUGUGUGAUUUCUCCCUUCACAAAUUCUGCGCCAAGCUCUCGAUAAGGAAGGAACAUAGAGGGAUGUUCUAUCAAUGCAACUUGUACCAACUUCACCAUGCACAAUGA